AUGUCCAUGGUCGACAUUGAUCGCGUUGGUAUGACUACGCUCGUUGCCAAUGCUAGUGUCGCUUUCUUGCUCAACGUUUCGGUCGUUUUCCUGAUUGGCAAGACUUCAUCCCUCGUCCUUACCCUCUCUGGUGUACUGAAGGACAUUCUCCUUGUCUUCGCCUCCAUGUUCCUCUUCAAGGACCCUGUCUCGCUGCUCCAGGCAUUCGGCUACAGUAUCGCGCUCGGUGGUCUCAUCUACUACAAGCUCGGUGGAGAGAAGCUCAAGGAAUACCUUGGACAGGGCAGUAUGAAGUGGCAGGAGCUUGGCCACACCAGGCCUGUGCUCCGUAAGUUGAUGAUCUUCACCGCAGUCAUCAUCUCCGUGUUCAUGGUUUUGGGCUCUCUUGGACCCCGCUAUGCCCCCGAGCAGACUGGAAGGGUCUACGACGGUAUUGGCAAGAUUAUUGGUGAAAAGGGCAACUGA